AUGACAUUCUACUGUUUAUACAGCAGCCCCCACUCCAACCCAGACUUCGCCGAGGUUCUCUCCCUGGCGGCCGACGAACCCACCUUCCUGGGGGGCGACUUCAACGCCCACCAUGAGAGGUGGGGGAGCGUGCGGAGGGACCGCGCGGGCCGGCACCUCGCCUCCGUCCUGGCUGACGUGCCGGGGGUUGCGCUGCUGAAUCCGGGUGAGCCGACGCACGUCGCGGGAGGCGUCCUCGACCUCUCCUUCGUGUCGCGUCCCCUCGACGCCGGGGCGACGUGGGAGCUGCAUGACCACCUCGCCAGCGAUCACUUCGCCACGGUGAUUACCCUCCCUGUGGCCCCACCUCUGACGCCGCCCCGCCCCCCGCGGUGGAACAUCCACAGGGCUGAUUAG